UUUUUUUUUUUUUUUCUCGGCUUCAUUAAAAAAUACUUGGAACCCUUCCUUCCAAGAUGCCGCCGUGGAAGCGAGAAGCUGCUGUCACGCGACCACUCUGAUUGUCCAGUACCGUGUGCAAUCUCAGUCACUACACCAAGCUCCUUCUCGUUGUCGCCGAGCUUAUUGCUUUGCGGUUCCUACUUUCAUCUUCUUUUUUUGGGGUCACUUGACGCAAAUUCUCUAGCACCCGCCCACCGACCAGCGGCUAUUAGCCGUGUUACACCACCACUGAAAUGACAAGUUCCGGGGCCUGGGGCGUCGCACCGCCUGGCGUCGACCUCUCCGAGACCCAGGAUGCGGAUAUCAUCGGCUCAGUUGUCGCCAUCAUGGUCAUCGGACUUGUCUCGGUCAUUCUACGUCUGUUUACACGGCUGAUGGAGAGGGGGCCGGGGUUGGCUCUCGACGACUAUGUAAUCUUGUUCGCAGCGGUGAUGGGGGUCGGGACGGCGGCAUGCUGCCUGGCCAGUGUCCCCUGGGGCGGAGGCAAACACCUCUGGGUUGUGACGCACGAGGAGUUCACAAAGCUCUACCAGACCACCUACGCCUUUGUCAUCGUCUACAUCACCUGCAUCUCGGCGACCAAGAUCUCCAUCCUCCUGUUUUACCGCCGCAUCUUCAGCACCAAUGUGGCAUGGUAUGUCGUCCUCGGCUUGACAGUUGCCCAUUGGGCCGAGGUGACCAUCACAUGGCUCGCGGGCUGCCAGCCAAGAGAGUACUAUUGGCGACAGUACACCGACCCGACGGCGACGGGGAGGUGUAUCGACGCCCCGUUGUUCUACUUCUGCAAUGGAAUCAUUGGCUUGGUGAUUGAUGUGGCCAUCCUGCUAGUGCCCAUCCCCACCACUGAACUUGCCCACGUCCAAGAAGGUGCUGGUCGGUGGAAUCCUGCUGCUCGGCGGCUUGUGCGUAGCCUUCUCCCUCGCUCCCUCAGCCCUCCCCCCUUUUUUGUUUGUGUUGCAUCGGCAGUCCGCAUCGUCAUGAUGGACCAGCUCGUCAAGUCGGCCGACUUCACCUGGGCCAUGUCCAAAGUUUUCAUCUGGUCGUGCUGCGAGCCCUUUGUGGGCAUCGUGUGUGCCUGCCUGCCCACCUACGCGCCCCUCUUUCGCCGCUUGUGGCGCCGCGACACCACAUAUGGCUCUGAUGGACCCAGUAGUUACGUCCCGGGCCAGACAUGGAGUGCGAAGCGGGCAGAUUGGAGCAUGAGCCGGAAGCAUAAGCUAGGCGGAGCGAUGCUGUACGGGGAUGACGAGGUCGAGUUGACGGUGGAUAUCUCGGGGCAGACACAGACGCAGGGCAGCUCGCGGGUCUCUUCCAAGGGGAAGGCAAGUUCGCAAGAACAAAUCGAGUUUGAGAGUAAUGAGAUAAUGGUAAGGAAAGACUUUUCGUGGAGUAGCAGCGCUUGAUGCUCCGCCUUGAUGGAAAGGGGCGGGGGGGGAGGGGGGGAGGUUUUACAUGGAGAGCGGUGGCCAGCGUUCUUUGCGGGGAGGUCUUGUCGAUUCUAACAACUUGUUUGCUGUAUAAUACUUAUAAUACUCAUAGACUGAUCAUAGACUGAUCAUAGACUGAUCAUAGACUGAUCAUAGACUGAUCAUAGACUG